AAAAUUUCAUGCGGGUGUCCAUGUUUAACUAAACUUUAAUGGAUACGACGACAGAACAGCACUCACCAACAAUCACCUACAAGUGAAACUAUGCUCACCUCGUGACGACGUCGUUUUGCCUCCCAAAAAUCCCAGUCCAACACGGAUCUACGCUGUGUAUUUAAUCCGGCAGCCGCGCAGAUCCUUCCCACCAACCUUCCCCGUUGAAAAGUUCUUCUGCGCUCUAGGCAGAGAAGGAGAAAGAGAAGCACCUUUCCUUGCUUUCUCGCAUCACACCCACCCAUCACCAUGGCCAUGGCAGCUCCCUCCCAUUCUCUCCUCCUCCAAAACCCUACCCUUCACUUUCUCAAAAACCCUGCCACCUCCCCCUCCAAUGCCUUCCCUUUCCCCCACAAGAAUAAGCCCAUCUCGAUCGCCUGCGCCGCCGUCACCCCCGUCCAAGCCUCCCCGCCGGCCGCCGCCCCUUCCCAAGAUCGAGUCUUCAACUUCGCCGCGGGCCCGGCCACCUUGCCGGAAAUCGUUCUGAAGAAAGCCCAAUCGGAGCUCUGCAACUUUCGGGGCUCCGGCAUGAGCGUCAUGGAAAUGAGCCACAGAGGCAAGGAGUUCCUCUCCAUCAUCCAAAAAGCCGAAUCGGAUCUGCGCAACCUUUUGGACAUUCCGCCCGAAUACGCCGUCCUCUUCCUGCAAGGCGGCGGCACCACCCAGUUCGCCGCCAUCCCUUUGAAUCUCUGCAAUCCCGACGACCCGGUCGAUUUCAUCGUCACCGGCUCUUGGGGCGACAAGGCCUUAAAGGAAGCCCAGAAAUUCUGCAAACCCAACUUGAUCUGGUCCGGCAAAUCCGAAAAAUACACCAAGAUCCCUGAUUUUGAAUCUCUGCGCCAGAAUCCAGAUGCCAAAUACCUUCACAUCUGCGCCAACGAGACCAUUCAUGGAGUCGAGUUCAAGUCCUACCCGAACCCGAAUAACAAAAAUGGGCUUUUGGUCGCGGACAUGUCCUCCAACUUCUGUUCUAAGCCUGUGGAUGUCGCCAAAUUCGGGUUGAUUUACGCCGGCGCCCAGAAGAACGUGGGGCCAUCUGGAGUCACAAUUGUCAUCGUCAGGAAAGAUUUGUUGGGAAAUGCUCAGGAAAUCACUCCGGUGAUGCUUGAUUUGAAGAUCCAAGCAGAGAACAAUUCGCUGUAUAACACGCCUCCAUGCUUUGCUGUUUACAUGUGCGGUUUGGUGUUUGAGCAUCUCUUGGAGCAGGGAGGAUUGAAGGAGGUGGAGAAGAAGAACAGGAAGAAGGCUGGGAUUCUGUACGACGCAAUUGAUGAGAGCAAAGGGUUUUACAGGUGCCCAGUGGAGAAGUCAGUGAGGUCUCUGAUGAACGUGCCCUUCACGCUGGAGAAAUCAGAGUUGGAGGCAGAGUUCAUCAAGGAUGCAGCCAAGGAGAAGAUGGUUCAGCUUAAGGGGCACAGGUCAGUGGGUGGGAUGAGAGCUUCUAUUUACAAUGCAAUGCCCGUGGAGGGGGUGGAGAAGCUGGUUGCCUUCAUGAAGGAUUUUCAGGCAAGGCACGAUGCUUGAUUCCGUCUUUCCAAAGCAGUUUUUGGAAACAAAGAGUGUUUUUCUUCUGUUGCGUAUUGAAUUUGGCACCACAUGUUUGGUUUGUUCUUCCCAUGAGGGUUAAUUAAAAAAGUCUUUUUAACUUUUGGUUGGGCAGCUCUGCCGAUAAUGGCAUGUCCAGUGAGAGGACUUAAAUCAUAAAUGUUUAGAAUGCAGUAUCUUGAGAAUCGAUUUGAGAUUUUAGGGGAAAGGUUUUUCAGGUAUACAGCCCGCUGGGUUCGUUGAUGUUAAAUCAUUUGAGGCAAAGGUAAUAAUGCAAAUUUGGAAAUGUAGCAA